AUGGUGGUGCUGAGCGCUGCCCGCUGGCUCCGCAGCCGCCUCACCGACCGCUUCUGGAGGGGGCAGGAGGGGCUCAAGUAUGCCUGUCAGAGCGGCCUCGGGCAGCCAGCGGUGGGGUGCUGCCGCCUCCUGCAGACGUCGAGGCAUUUUCGUGGAAGGAAGAACCGCUGCUAUAGGCUGGCUGUACGAAGUGUUCGGAGAGCUUUUGUGAAGUCUACAAAGGCCAGGAGAGAGAAGAAGAGAUUCUUAAGAGCGCUCUGGAUCACUAGGAUUGAAGCAGCUUCUCUUGAACAUGGUUUGAAAUACCCAGCUUUCAUAAGCAAUCUGCUUAAGUCCCAGGUAGAGCUGAAUAGGAAAAUGAUUGCUGAUUUGGCUAUUUAUGAGCCGAAGACGUUCAAGUCCCUAGCUGCCUUAGCCCAGAGGAGGAGACAAGAAGGCUUCCUUGCUGCCCUGGGAGAUGGAAAAGAACCAGAGGGAAUAUUUUCACGUAUUGUACACCACUAUUGA